AUGGCGAAGGCUUCUAUCUCAGGGUCAGAGAGAGAAAAUGCGAACGAGAAGGCACAGCUUGGGUUGCGGCAAGAGCGGCCGACUCAUUUUCCAUCCAUUCUUCAUUCUAUUUUAUCGAAAGCCGAGCAAUACGGUUACAGCCAUAUCAUCUCGUGGAGGGCCCACGGAAGAUGUUUUCACGUUCAUGACCGAGACAAGUUUGUCAAUGAUGUUAUGCCGCUCUUUUUCCGACAGACUCGCUUCGCAUCGUUCCAACGACAACUUAACCUCUACGGCUUUAUAAGAAUGUCACAAAAAAAUCCUGAUCAUGGUGCUUACUAUCAUCACCUUUUUCUCAAAGGGAAAUCCGAAUUCUGUGAGAAAAUACAAAGAGUUGGAAAGAGCGCGGAAGCUCGAGCAAGCCGACUAUACAACACAGAACCAAACUUUUACAGCAUUAGCCAGUUGGUUGACGCAAAGAAAGAAGUUCCGACAGACGGUUCAGAAACCAUCACCGAAACCGAGGUUCUGGGAAAUUGCCUUGCGGACCUCCCGGAGGAUGUCCGUAUGAUUAUGGAGCCGCGGCCGCUUCGCAAAGAUGCACAUGCUCAAAACCAUCAAAGUCACUCAUGCUUCGGUCCUUCGGACUAUCAGAUACCACAUCAAUCCUCGCAGAAUACAGAGGACCUUAGCGUCUUGGCCAGGAGAAAGGACUACUUGGAGCAUUCAGGUUUCACAUUAGUUGUGGAUGCAUCAUCCGUUUCAUUGCCUUCAAAUGCACUCCCUCGUAUGAAAAUGCACGUGUCAACGGUGCCUCCUCAGAACUCGCACGAACAGCAGCUGUCCCUGUUGAAACCACUCGAUCAUAAUCAAGCCUCUUUUGUUAUGCUGCCGAUGAAUGUGACACCAAACUCAUUUCCGAGCGUAACACUGUCUACUCCCGCUCUUGGUCGAUUGAGGCACACAGAACAUAUCGAACUUAAUCAAGCAACGAGGUUUGCAACUGACAUUUCACCACAGCAUUCUCGCAAACAAACCAGCCUUAGGGAUGACCGUAAGCGAAGCCCAGAAGACGACUCGUCUGGGGAAGGAGAGGGUUUGGUUUUUGAGUAUCCUCUAUCUGACGCUGCUCGCAUGGCACGAUUUCUUCGGGAUGUCGAUUUUGACGAUUCGGAUCGGGAUUGA